AUGAAGCCAACAGCGCUGGCAGUCGCCCUUCUCACCUGGGCUGGGGUUGUCUCUGGGAAGCACUAUGUUGAGCUGAUGUUGGAGGAUCCCCAGAAUUGGGUGGGAGGUCCUGGUUUGUUCCCCAGCCGCGUCCUCGCAGGGUAUGAAGAACCAGAUAAUGGAACCCAUGCCUCCACUUGGGUAUCUUAUCUGCAGGGUGAAUGCAGCAGUCUUCCAAGAUGCACAGCUUUCUUCUCCUUUCGAGGUUUUGACACCGGGGAGCUGUUUGGCUAUCUUCUUGGAGGUAGCUCCGUAACUAUUGGAGAUUUUGUAAGGGCCCCAUGGGCAGCAAACUCCACCGUAUGGAAUGUAUAUGAGACCUAG